AUGCUGCUUAUUCGUGUAUUUUGUUCGUGCUGGGGUCGACGCGACAUUUGUCGGAAUCCGGCAAACGUAACUGUCUGAAUCAGAUAGUUUAUGUCGUCGUUGACCUAAAAUCGUCAAUUUAUUCGUAUUUUUGCAGUCCGACAACUCCAUAUCAACAAAACUGGCAAUAUUGAGACAUCCGAUUGAAAUAUUAUGGAUUGGAAUGACAAUGGAUGGGAUUUUGCGAGAUGAAAAUCGAAAAAAUCGAGAAUUCGAUAUCAGGAGUUUGUGGAAGAUGGAGAAUCGGAAGAAAUGUAGUCUGGAAGUGGAGCAGAAGGUCGAUUGGUGAAAUCGAGAUGAUUUGGAUGCUAGAGGAAGCUCCAAAACCUGUUCGCAUGGAGGAUAUGUUGUCUGAAGAUUGUUGGAAGCAAAUGGUAUGAUUUUUGAAGGAAAGAUUCAAGAAAACUCAAGGUUGUGGAAUUUCAGGAAAAAGAGUCAGAAUUUGGAAGAGGAGGAAGCUACUCGAAGGGUCGAGGGAUAGGUGCGAAGAAAAAGGGUAGGAAAUCCUGCACCGAAGUCCGAAAAUAGCAACUCCAUGAAUAAUGGAAGCGAUCGAACGUCAUUUAAUGGUUAUUUGGCGCCAAGGUGGACACCCAGGUGAACGUGUUUCGAUGCGCUGAAGUUUGGAUAUACUUCCGAAGGAUGAAAUUUGGCUGAAUGGUGCAAGAUAUUGGUGUGGUGUAUGGCCAAAGCAUCGGAACCAAGCACACAAUUAUUGGAAAAAUGGCGCUGGAGACGCUGGAAAUUUGAAGAAAAUGAAUGUUGAAGAUGAAAGAAAUCAUGUUGAAGAUUCAAUUGGAUGCGCGUCGUGGAGUCUGGAUGUUCGGAGGUCGAAAGUAGAUAGGGAUCGAAAUCGAUGA